GGUUGCUAAUUGUUCAGUAUGUGAGUAGCCGUUGGUUCUUAAUAGUCUCAACUAUUCGCCAUUGACUGAGCAUAUAAAAGGACUUGUGCUGAGGUCUUGACAUGAAACAGAAGCGCUGGUGUGGGAUGACCGCUAAAAUCGGCAGUGUGUUAGCGGGGUUUUUUUCCUUGAUGGCCACCAAGAUGUACCUUAUCUUUGAAGUGAAGUACUUAGGAAAGGGCAAUGCCACAGACACUCCCCCAAACGGUACAAACAGCCUGAUAAAUCAAUUCAUCGCCUUAUGGAGUUUGGAAAUCGUCCUCUUUCAAUCUUGCGUCACCAUUGUCAUCAGCUGCUUCCUCAUAUAUUCAGUGUAUGCCCAGAUCUACAUGGGUGUGAUGUUAUACAUUACCUGGAUCCCUUUGUUUGAAGUCACAAAUAUUGUGGUACAAGUCCAUACCACUGCCAACUGCAGACUGAACGAGGUCCGAGCUAUGCGCUGGUUUGGCUUGAUAUCCCGUAUAUUCUUUCAUUGUUUCUGGAUGUUCUUUACCAUACAGGAAGCCCACAUAAUCUACAAACUCCGAAGUAAGGGCAAUAUAAUUUCCUACAGAAGACGUAUUUCUGCAACCAAUGAAGAAUAUUCACGACGGUUGUCAAAGAUCAACAACUAUCACCGCCGCUGUAAUGACCAAUUCCAGUCCUCUUCUCACCCCUGAAAGGUAGACCUCUCAGGUCCUCAUGGAAGUUCUGUUUCCAUAUCUUUCUCAUUUUCUGAGUUGUGAAGCAACUAGAGGCCCUCCUUUCAUCUUUUUGAGGGAAUAUGGAAAGAAAGGUCAUUAUAAUCACAACUGCAAUAGCCUGUUCACUGAGGAUGUUUAUUUAAAGGACAUGGUGAAUAACAUGCACUCCUUGAGUUCCUCCUUUUCUGGUCAGACCAUCUUAUUGGUCAGAAUGAAGACAGCAAAGGGGAUGAAACAAAGCUGGGUUGCAGUUAGGCAAGCCUCAUCUUUUGGUGUAGCUUCACCGGCUUCUCAAAUUUAACUCUAGGAUUGACAGUUCUGCACUUGUAUCUCAAACUGUUGUAUCAUAAAGGAUAUUUCUAUGUUUUUUUUCCUCUAUCACCUGUGCUAUAACUCACAUGAGUAAAGGAAUAAAAAUAGAGAAAAUUA